ACCUCACUAACCUGGGCGCCAUUUUAGUUACACGCUGAACUAGCUUGAUAUGCGCAUUUUGCGUCUUCAAAAAUAUAGUUUUGUGGAUAUUAAUAGAGACAUCCUAAAAUAACUUCCAGCGAUGUCGGAUAAAAAACGAUUACUAAACGACCUUAGGGUAAUCGACUUGCGGGCUGAAUUAGAGAAGCGUAACCUAGAUAAAAGUGGCGUACGCGGCGUGCUGAUACAACGUCUGUCAAAGCAUUUGCAAGAGGAGGGCUACGAUCCAGAGACAUUCAACUUUGAAGUAAACACUGAAGCCAAAACUCCUUCAAAAAGAACAAGGCGAUCUGCAAGUGCCGCAGAGCAAGAAACAGAAGAAACUCCAGCUAUGGAGGAUAUGAUUGUCCAAGAUGAUGCCGGCGAUGAGGAAACUGAACCGGCGGAAACUCCCGAAAAUUCUGGUGAACACCCAGAAAAAACGGAAGAUCAGAUGGAAACGGAUGAUAAAACGAAUAGGAAGAGAGAAUCCAGAGAGGAAACCGAAGCAAGUGAACCCAAAAAACCUUGCCUCGAUAAAGAUAUUAAAGAGGAAGAUAGUAAAGUUGAGAAUAACACUGAUGCAGAAGACAGCAUUAAUUUAGACCUUGGUGAAGAUGAACUGCUCAAUGAAGAGACUGACAAUACUGAGAAGAAUGAUAAUAAAGAUGACGUGGUCCAUGAAGACGCAGCCGAGACUACUGGUGACAACCCGGCGCCCAGUGACGCCGCCGCUGAUGCAGACUCCGCUUCUACGACUGACCAUCAACAAGUAAACGCCGAAGCCGCCGCCACUAGUAAUGACGGAGAAAAGACUGAACAAGAACAAAAAGAUGUGAAAGACAAGGAUGAUGAUGGGGAUAAAAAGGAAAAGAAAGAAGACGGCAAAGAAGGUGGUGCACGUAACCUUUGGGUUAGUGGGCUUUCAGGCGACACUCGCGCCAAGGAUUUAAAACAGUUGUGCAGUAAGCAUGGCAAGGUGAUUGGGGCAAAAGUAGUAACUAAUGCUAGGACACCAGGUUCUAGAUGUUAUGGCUAUGUUACAAUGGCAAGUCCUCAAGAUGCAGAAAAUUGUAUCAAGAACUUGCAUCGAACUGAACUCCAUGGCCGUAUGAUAUCCGUGGAAAAAGCGAAGUCUGAAUCAGAAUCGUCAUCGCGACGUCAACCUUCAAGAACAGAACGGCGACCAAGUAAGGAUCGUAAGGAAGAAGUUAAAGAAAAUGAGGAAAGUAAAGAAGGUGCAGAUACUACUGGUGAAAACGCUAAGAAAGAAGGGGAAAUAUCAGGCGCAGAGAGUACUAGGUCCACAUCGCGAACGCGCGAGAAGUCUCAUCGUUCUGACAAGGAUAAGCCCCGCCGCAAGAGUGAUGAACGCAAGAGAUCACCAAGAGAGGUGCUAUCUUUUUCUAAAAUUUGGAAGGAACGCGACGUGGCCCGCGCUCGGGAACGUUCGCGCGCGGUUCGCGAGGAGGAGCGCAGGCGGAGGAUCGCAGACGACGCGCUGCGAGAGCGCGAACGCAGGCAGCGGCAGGAGAAGCACCGCCUCGCCGUCGAGCGGGAAAAGCUGCGCGCCGAGAGGGAAAAAAUUGAACGUGAAAAGAAUGAGUUGCUUCGCCUGGAGCGUGAACGUCACAGACUGGAGCGUGAAAAACUCGAGUUGGAAAGAUUGGAACUGAAGCGGGCCCAAUUAAGAUUGGAAGAGGAGCGCCGUAAGCGUGGCUACGAGAGCGGUGCCGCAUACCGCAAGCCGGCAUCCAGCCCCCCGCCCGAGCCCGCCUAUGAGCGCGAGCGGCACAAGCGCCCGCCCCCGCCGCCUAUGUCGUCGAGCCGGGGUCAGUUCGAAGCGCCACCUCCACCGCGCUUCGAGAUGGCGGCCGGAUACGACCGUGGCGCGGACAAACGUGACCGCGACUACAAACGGGACUACCCUCGGCACGUAUCCUCUGGAAGCAUGAAAUACCCUAGCAAUGGCAGUGCCACUGACGAUUCCCGUCAGCCGAUGCCGCCAGGAACAAGAAUCAAAGAGCCCAGCCGUUCAUAUGACUCGCGCGACAGUCGUUCGUACAGGCCCUCGCCGCCCGGCAAACCGGAGCCUCGCUGGACCGCCUCUAGCCGCUACCCCGAUUCUGCGGCACCAAACAAAGGUAGCGGCGGGGGAGGCAGCGGCGCGGGCGAGGGAUGGUCGGGAUCCGGCGCGGGCGGCGACGGCGCGCGGUACGGCGCGUACGAGGCGCGCUACCCGCCGCAGUACCAGCCGCCGCCGCCCGGCGCCGCCUAUCCCGACCGGUACGCGCCCUCGCAGCGCGACUACCCGCGCAAGUACUAACUGCCACAACGCUGACCAACACGCGCGCGCGAUCACCCGGUGGGAGCCAUGCUAAGUGUCGCCGCACACGGGCCACACGCGACAGUUACAAACGCCGCCACCAGAAGUUAGAAGCGGCUACAAAGGUAGCUGAAGCGCGCGACAGCCUCUUAUGGCCGGUGGUCGACACUAGCUGUCGGUGGCUGCUACUUGUUUUUCAAUACAUGUGUGCAGUAGCAUAAUGGACUCUGACGAAGAAGGUUUGAAGGCGGGGAAUCGCGUGAGUGGCGUGUGGCGGUGUGUUGAAUCGGCGCAUUAGUGGUUGGUGUGGGACAUAAGAAGUGAGCAAGGACGAUUUGUAGCGUGUGGCGGCCACCGGCGUUAACCGUGUGCGGCGAGUCCAUAUAAAAUGUAUGAAAACAACAGGAGAUAUGCCGGUGGCGGCGUUUUGUGGUUGUGGCCGGUGGGCCGUGUGCGGCGACCCUAACACGCGCGCGUGUCACUAUAGGUAGCGUUUACGGCGCUUGCGAGGCGCGCUACCCGCCGCAGUACCAAACAAUAGACUCGCGCGGUUACUUGGUGGCCAGUGUAUGAGUUGAAUAUGUCGACCAGUAAAUUGACAUCUUAUGCUCAAUAGGGGUGAUGACGGGUUAAAGGAAAUCCUAUUUAAUACCACAGUUAUAUUAUCAAAAAAUUAUAGACUCAUUUUUCUUUCGCCAAUCAAGAUAAACCGCGUCAAAGUAUGGGAGUGGGGGCUAGUAACGUUACUUGUAAGCCGUGACAUCAUGCGAUAUUAUAAAUCAGUAUAUUAGGAGCUGGCGAACAAAACGUUAUAAAUACGCAUCUGAUCAAACUACUUUUUUUACAGUCUGGACGUUUCGCGCCCGUUGAAUUUGAAUCUCAUAUAAUUUUCAUUCGAAACCGCCUAAAAUAGUGUUAAAGUUACUAAAUGUAUAAAUUAAAAACCAUGCCAAAAGCUCACUGAAGCUAUGUCAUUCAGUUUUAUACAGCUCCUGUUUAAUUUUAUGUAAUUAUACCGUUUUGUUCGCCAGCUCCUCAUAUCUCUACAAUGUUCUGAUUAUGAGAAAAAAGAACAAAUAUGUUUCAAUACUUUUUGGUAGACGAAGAAAAAAGUUUAGUCAUCAUCCCUAUUUUAUACUAGCGCAAAGUCGAAGCGCAUCGAAGCUAAUUUGAGAAACAGUAACACAGCAAAAUCUCCCUAAUCUCCGCAACGUAAUCCAUAUUAUUUUUUAUGAGUUGAUUAAUGAGCGCGAAUUCUUUGGAUCUCAGAAAGAAUAUGUACCUACAUUACUUUGCAGAGAUAAUGGUGAAAUUACUUUGUUGAGAUUCUGAAAUUCGCUUCCAUGCACUUCGACUCUCCGCUAGCAUGCAUUAACCAUUAAGGACUAGUUGUAACAAGAAGACGAGGCGCGCGUGCAGGUAUAGUGCUACAAGGAUCUUCAUUAAUGUGGCGAAAAUUUGAACUAAUGCAUUGCAUUUGCUUUGUAAACCUCAUAUUUUGUAUGUCAUUUACGGAGACAGUGGCGCCCUCCCUGAACUGUCACUUAUUUAGAGACCCUUGUCGCACUGUAGUGCGGGCGAUGGUAGUUCGGAUUAGUCGGUUGUGUACUAGAUAAGACAAUCGGUCCGGUCGGUUGGUCCUUAGCCCGUAUUCGGGUGCACGAAAGACAUUACUCGAAUUCGGGCACCCGAAGCAAUAUUUUCACUGGAAUACGGGCUGAAAGGCGGUGUCAACUAAAACUACCCGAAUUUCAUUGGCACUCGUAUUCGGGCUAACGCCUAAGUGCAAUAAAGCAUCUUUUUUCUUGAUUCAACGCGCACAUCAAAAUUUAAUUUACUACGCAGCAAACCGCGCUACUUUUACUACAGUAAUUGCAUCGCAUUUCACACUGCUCGCGUGUGCCACUAGCUAGAAAAAUCAAAACCUUUCUCACCUAUAAUAUACACAGUACACACACAUAAAAAACAGGAAAAAAGAUUACAAGAUUUCCCACCUAUACACAUACUACAUUUAACAACACACUCGUUCUCAAUCGUAACAAUACUUGUAAAACACAUUCAUAAACAAAAAUAUACUUUGUUUAAAUGUAUUCCUAAAAUUAUUGUAAACGUGAUACUGCAUUUCAUUUUCUGUUAUAUAGAGUACUGUUUCAAAUCUCAUCGGUCAUCAAAUCUCAUGUUAUUGUUAUGGUCUGUCAAAAAUAGUUAAAGAUUCUUUUGCUCAUAUAUACUGAACUCACGAAACAAUACAAUUUGCUUUGUUAGACAAAACAUGUUUUAUUCGGCCUUGUGCGCUGAUAGGUAACGUAACGGGAACCUAGUAACGUAAAGUUUUAUUUAAAAUGGUUCAAGGAGGCCAGUAACUUAGGUAUAAUCGAAUGUGUUGGUAGGUGCGCCACUUCUUCUGGUCCUCGAUCACUAUAGUUUGAUGGUGACAAUUAAGCUUUAGCUAUUGUCGCUGUAUAAACAGGUUGUACAAAAACGUAGUAAUAACAAUUUGACAAACAAGUGACCUAUAUUUUCAAAUUCCGUGUGUUUUGUACACCCUGAAUAGUGGCAAACCACCGACAUCUUCGACAUUACAUUCUUACCCCUAUUCCUAUCUGUCGGUACUAUAAGUUAAAAAAAAUAGAUAUUUCUAUUAUCAUUCCCUAUACUGCAUGUGUAUUAUCUCAGAAUUCAGUCGAUCAGUUUCAAAGUUUGCAAACUAUGUUUUUGUCAAAAAUGAUAUCUGACGAAUUUCCAAAUCAAACCCCGCCAUAUUUCACUUAGGAAGAUGCUAGUAUAUGUGUCAUAAAUUUUAAUAUUUUUAGAAGACUACAAAAUAUUUUUUUAUGUCUGUUCAAAAUCUGUUUGCCUCCUUUGAAACUAUUUGACUAAAGUGUAAUUGCGCAACGUUAACUCACCACAUAACGUUCUAAUACGUUAAAAUUGUAUAUUUCUGACAUUGUAUAAAUGUCCGAACAUAAAACGUGGUUUUAGGAAUAAUUUAGUAAGUUUAAUUUAGAUUUAUGUUAUAUAUUCCUACCCAAUUAUCCUGUAAAGUAACUAUAUAAUAUACAUUAGAACUAUCAAUUGUGUUUUAUUGUGUAAUUCUUUAUUUGACUGUAAAGUUUUAAUAAUAAUACUAUGUAAGUUGACUUUUGAUUUACGUUUUAUACGUAGUACCUUAUUAUUCUGUAA